CUGAAGUUUAUCUGGGUCACAGGUAGCACUUCCGGUCCUCAACAGGAACUCUAGAUCCACUUUAGCUGUAAAUAUCAAGCUUUUGAAAGUUACAAAUUCACGAUAAUGAUUGAAAAAUACCAAUUACUCUUAGGGACAUUUUGUUUAGUUACACUUUUUGGUACAGGCUUUGCAUUUAACUGCUACCAAUGUGACUCCACAUUAGACAGUAACUGUCAGGAGAAUUGGGAUCACAGUCUCUCAUAUAACCGACAGAAGUAUCAGCCUUGUAACCUCUGGAAUGCCAAAUUCUGUAUUAAAGCUACUGGCAUGUGGGGAGGAGUGGUUGGAACUCACAGAUUUUGCAGUUCUCGAGAUCUAGGUGACCAGUGUCAAGAUAUUUGGUUUCCUGACCAUGACAGAAUGUAUCGUGCCUGUGUCUACACCUGCACUGCUGAUGGCUGCAAUGGUGCUAAGAGCUGGUCAUCUGGUUCAGUUAUUUUUAUUGCUCUCUUCAGUGCGCUUUUAGCUGUCGUACGGCAGUUGUGAUUUUUUUUUUUCUGUUGAUUUGAAAGACUCAUUGUUUGAUUGCUGUACAUCCGAGACAGUAGUAACUGAUAUUGUGUGGUUGUUGUAAGGACUAUUGAGUGGAUUUUGCUUAUGUAUCCAAUUUUUAUCUAAGUGUAAACAAAUAAAUUACUAAUAAAAAACUCACUCAAAGAUUUGUUCUACAGAAGUUCGUUUAAAAAAACUAGACAAAUGCAGCUAUAAUAAAAUAAUGAAUAUAUUAUGUUUUUUUAAAUUCUCUUCUACAUCAUGACUUAUUGAUUUUUAAAUUACAUUUUUGUUUACUGAUGUUUUUAUUAAUGUACUAGAAAACCAUUCCAUUUUUUCAAAGUGGUACUUUUCUAAAAAUAGAGUAAGAUAUUUUUUCUAUUCAAUUUUAUGUGCCUUUAUAGCUGCCUAUGAUUAAUGAUUGCCAGAUAUAACCAUGUUACAGAAAAAUUAAAAAAAAAGAAAAUGUUAUGUUUUAAAAUAGCAAAAAAAAAAACUAUUAUAAAGUUGUUUGUUUUGUGUUUUUUUUUUGUUGACCAUUAUAUGAAGAGUAGUCUACUAAUAUAUUUUGUAAAGUUUAUAAUUUGCUGAAUGGAAUGGGCUGCUUUACCUUCUUGAAGUUUAAUUUUAUGGAUAAAUAAUUUCUGAGACUAAAUUGUGAACUUAUUUUAAUAUGUAACUUUUCAUGGUUUCUUUGUUGCAAUAAAACAAAAUGUGGUUCAUGAAGGGACCAAUAUCUGUAUCCAUCCAUUCUCUGUAUCUAGAAGUCAGUUGGUAGUUAGCUCUUUAUGGCAAACUCUACAUGGGGAUCUUCAAGAACUUGUUGACAGCAUGUGUACUACACUCCAAUGCUGUUAGGUUCACCACUUGUACUUCUGUAUGGUCUCAAUUCACAUUUCGUCUGUUAGGUGUUGAGAGCUCCAAACUUUUGUUCAACCACAACCUGUGUCCUUCAACUUUAAACAAAAGUUCUAUUUUUAAUUCCAUUGUUGAAUUAUUUAUUAAGAAGCUCUAAUGUUGAUAUUAAGGAUUCGGAGCUAAAUAGAUACAAAUAAUUUCAUUUUAUUGAGAUCCAAAAUACACUACUCUGUCUAUAUCUCAAAAUGAGGGAAAAUCACAGUUGAACAGCAUGUAUUCCAUUCUACUAAAACAAUAUUUCUAUUCCUAUUUGAUUGUCUGUAUAUAGAAUAUAUUUUAACGGAAUCUCUGUUCUCUUGGAGAAAGCAAUUUUAUUUACAUGCUUUAACUUUGGUUUUAGAAAUAAAAUGUCUCCUGUUGUCCUGACAAAAAGAGGGAGACAAUCUAGAUGUCAUCAUGUUGUAAUUGAAUAGUCUCCCUUGUACUUUAGUCAAAUAUUAAGACAAGGUAGUCAAGUUUAUCUUACUUCAGAGAUGUUGUGAUAAUCAACACUACACCAUUCCUUUAUAAAUGUUUGUGUGUAAUCCUUCCAAAGACUAAUUCCUUCAUCUCAAGUUCAGAUUAUUGAAAGCUUCUAAAAUGAUUUUUUAAAAAAAAAUGCCCUGAAGUUGAAAAUGUAAGGAGUGAAUCUUACAUUUGUAUUUACAGCUUGUGUAUAGAAAUAGUUGACAAAUUUUUAUUGACAAAAUCAACAAUGUACAUAUAACAUAGUACCUAUCACCAACAUUCAAUAAAUUACUAUGAUGUGUAGGUGUCACUCCAAUAUAAAAUGUAAACUGUUGUCUGAUCCUCAACUGAAACAUUGCCAUUGUUGUCCUGUACAUAUUUCAUACAAUUUCUAUUUGUUUUGUCAAAAUAAUGUAUAUUUUUUUGUUUUCUUUAUUUACAUAAUAAAAAAAACAUCAAUUUUUUA